ACAGACAAGUAAUCAAGAACUACAAUACACAUUAAAAAAAAAGAAGUAAAAAAAACUACAAUACAUAAAAUUAAUGCUAGUCUAAAGAAGGCACUACAAGAACAAAAAAGAAAGACAUUUAAAUCAGACAAGUUGGGGGGCCCAGGAUUAGUGACCCAGGAUCAGUAACUUAAAGGAUGAUGGGGAGAUCGUGGGGAAGGAUGUUCUAGGCAGAGGAGUGACAUUUAAUUAUUAAUACAUUUAUCCAUUCAGUAAAUGUGUUUUGUUAGUUCAUGUCUUUUAUUAACUCAUACACAAUUAAUUGUCUUCUGGUUUGCUGAAGCAAUGAGACAUUUGUCACAAUAAUGUCUGUCAAAGUGGCUGGCCAUAAAUGCUCCAGCACCACAUCCAUCUGAAGAGCACUCUAGAUGAAGGCGACUUAUUUUGCCAUUCUCAUCCACCUUACAGUCUUUCAGGACAGCCAGCUUCACCUUCUUUCGCUUAACGCUUAUUCUUCUCAGGAGUGGUGUAAACAUUCAGUAAAUAAUAAUUGAAUAUCUAAGUGCCAAGUACUGUUCCAGUACUGAAGAUACAACAGUGAAUAAAACAGACAGUAUCUCUUUCUUGUAAUUCUAACAUUCUAGUAGAAGAGACAAAAACUAAUUGGGCCAAAAAAAAUUAAGUAGUGAGAUGUACUUUGGGAGAAUAUAAGCAGGGUGGAGGUGUUGGUGGUAGGUGGGUGAUGAUGUGACCUUAGAAUGGAGAGUGGAAGAGUGGGAGUAGGAAGGCCUCUUCAGGUAGGUGUCAUUUAAGCUCAGAUCUGAAUGGCAAGUGUGGGAAGCUCGGGUUGAUCAUAUCAGGCAGAGGGAGAAGCUGUUGCAAGUCUUAAGUGGGGAAUGAACUUUGUGUUUUUCAGUUGGCAAAGACUAGUGUGGCUGAAGUGCAGUGCAUGAACAGAGGGGCAAGAGAUGCAAUACGGAGAGAGAGGCAGGUGCCAAACCUAGGUGAGGCCUGGAAGCUUGAGAGUGGCGAGCUCAGAGACCUGCUAAGAGUCUGAUAUGGCAUUAGGAAAGGGACUGUGUUAGGUGAUGAGAGAAGUGAUUUGGGAGAUAAAAGCAAGAAACAGAUUCUGACAAGCCCUACAUGGAGGAUCUGGGAGGUAUUAUUUCUGCUCAGUGCUAUGCAGAGAAUCCCAAGGAGGCGAUGACUAAAGUCAUUCAAAGAAAACCUUUCAUGUUUAUGCCUUCAAGGAAGGUAUGAAUACUGAAUCUUAUCUCUAUUACUUGUUCUUGAAUCAAAGUCAUCAAUGAGAACUUAGAACUCUUCUCGGGUGUGCCCCUAAAUUCUGAUUAAUGUAAAAUUUAUUUUUGCAACAUUUGAGUAUACUUACCCUGAUGGUGAUUUCUGUUCGAUGGAAUGUUAAACUAAGUUGUUUUAUAAGAAGAGAAUAUAUUUUACAAUGACUUAAAUGUUGAGGCAGCACAUGAUGUCAUGUUGGUAACAAAUAUGUGAUAUUUAUUUAUUAGAGCAUGAGAGUAUUUUGCCUCCUGGUAUAUGAGGCAGACAUUGCUAUUUGUCUACCUUAUAUCCAUGGUUUCCCCUUCAUUCUUAACAACAGAACCUCAAUUUUGUUUGUGAAUGAGCCCAGCCAAAAAUACUUGUGUUCUAAACUUCCUUGCAGCUAGGGGUCAUCCUGUGACACAGUUCUGGUCAACAUGUAGAUGGAAGUUUCUAGGGAGAGUGGUCUUUCCUGAAGAAAAAGGCAAAGUCUGGAGAAAGCCCCUUUUCCUGUUCCCUUUCGUGCUUCCCCGUCCCUUCUGAUAUUUGUAAUCAUUUAGUGACUUGAUGUUUGGAGUCUUCUAAUUUCUUUAAACAUAUUGCAAAAUAAUAUGUGGAGCUGAAGACCACUGUCCCAUGAGGAGGUGGGCUAAAUCUUUGUGAUAUUUGCACUGGCCUGGAGCUAAACUGUAGGCAUAAAACUAUAGUAAGGUAAUUUUAUCAAAAGUACAGUAUCUCUCAGAAUUCAUUAUACUGAAGGCUAUACUUCAUGUUUGUAGUGAUAAGUAGUUUCUCCCUUUCCUUGAUCCAGAAUGUAUGUAUGUAGUGAUACAUAAGUUUCUCCCUUUCCUUGAUCCAGAAAAAUCUAGUCAACAAUUAUUUCUUAAAUGUUCAUUUGACUAUAUAUAUACUGACUAUAAUUUCAAUUUCAAAUGUAACACUUCUUUUUGUGCCAUGAAGGAUACAGAAAUGAUGAAAGCAAGAUUUUUCAAGUUCCUGGGUCUGUGGAUUUAAAAAAAAAAAAACAAGAAAGAAAGAAAAGUAAGAAAAAAAAAUUAAAAAGAAAAACAGAUUUUUGUUCUUGGGAAGCUGAUAAUUUCAUGAGAUGACAGAUGUGCUCACAAAUAAACGUAAAACAAGUAUGUAUAUGAUGUGGUGGGCCACGGCCAGGCCUGCCCAAGAACGACUAAGUGGAUGUGAAGGGAUUUGGAAAAAAAGCCCCUGCCCCAAAUGCAGAGCAACAUUUCCAGGGCUGGAACCUGGAUGUUAGGCCUAGGUGAUGUGACUCCAGAGUGGCAAAACUGUUGCCUUAUGUAUAGUAUAAGUUGUUUCUGGAUGGUGAAGAGCCUAGGGUUAUAAAAGAUAUUGAGUCUACAAUUCUGUGAGACAUCUCAUUCUGUGUAGGUCCUGUCACUGAGUUGCAGUGUGCCUCUAGAUACAAGGAGUCAAUGCGAGCUGCUUCCUCCCCCACAACCUGCCUCCGUAUUUGGUUUCUGUGCUCUGUGCAGUUUACUGGCUGCUUCAGGAUUAAACAAAGUAAAAGCAACCCUGAAAUGUUGCCCAUUAAAUAGCACCUUUGAGUAGGCCGUGUGGGGAGGUAGUAAGUGCCAUUAGGGCAUUAUUAGGAUGAGUGUCAGAGUUGUGAGAAGGAAGAAACAAUUCUGGCUGGAGGCUUCAGAAAGGUGGCAGCAUGAGCUACAUCUUGAAAGGUAGAUAAAAUUUCUUAAGGUGAAGAUGGGAGGAAAAGCAUUACAAGAACAGGAAAGAAUAUGAAUGAGGAAAUGGAGGUAGGAGAACAGAGUUGUGUAUUGGAAAUGAAAAGCAGUCCUGUUUGGCUGAAGAACAAGAACUGUAUGAGGAAGCAGUGAAAGAUGAGGCUGGAAAGGGAGUCAGGACCAGGCUAAAAGGGUUGGCAUUUAAAGUUAGUCAUGAGAGCCAUGGAAUGUUUUUGAGCAACUAUUAAAGCAGGUGGAUUAGUAAAAUAGGGAACACACAAAUAAAUCUGUCAGCAUUACUGUGCAUGAAACAUGGAUGAAAAGACUGGGAGAUUGCUUAAAAUGCCCAGGCAUGAACUGAGGUCACAUGUGAUCACAGAAUAGGACAGGAAUUUAAGGGUGUUAUUUUAAAACUAAUUGCUUUGAUGGUGGGGGGGGGGUGGUGCAUCAAAGAGAAAAAAGACUAUGUAUGAAUUUGAGUUUUGGAAUUUAACAUAUGGGAGGAUAAUAAAUAGUACAGUGAACAAAGGGAAGACAGGAAGAAGGAAACAUAGUAUUUGUUUCAGAGAUGUUGGGUUGAGGCACAAGUGGAACAUUCUAGUGGAAAUGUGCUACAGGCAAUUGCAAAUAGAAGAAUAGAGCUCAGCUGAGAGGUGGAGUGGCGGAUGACUCACCUACAUUGAGGUGAGUCAAGGACUUUGAUCUGUCAUAAGCAUUAGUAUAUGAACCUGAUAACAGGCUCGAAAAACUUGACAAAUGUCCUAACGAGGAAGACAGAGAUCUAGGAGUGCCUUGAGAAAAAAGGCUGCACUGCGAUUAUUGAUCUGUAUAACUUGUGUUUGUUUUAUCAGCUGUGAAGUUCUCAGAACUGGCAGGUAGUAUUGUCAAGGGACACAUUCUUGUAUAGAAACCCACAACGCUGAAUCGCCAUAUAUUCUUAGUCUAGAAUCUGAGAUAUACACGAACUCCACAACUAAGUAGACGAAAGCAUCCCUUUUUUGGGGGGGGUCGGGGGAGCACAUAACCCUGAACCACGGUCCAAUUACAGGUACAGUACUGAUGAUGGCUUAAGUAGUUCAUGGAACUAGUUAAAACUAAAACCAUGGAAAUGCUACCCAGGAGACUGUGUGCCUGGCAGGUGCCGCAGGGAAGUAGGGGAAAGGUUAAGGAGAACACCAGCCUCCGGAGAAAGAGAAGCAAAGGUGAUUGCAUAGCUGCCAGCUGGAAGCCGACUCUCUUCAUAGGGCAUACUCGCUCCACUGCGCAUCGCCGGUGCCGACCUCACCCAGUUCCAAGGCGGGGGCCGCGCCGAGGCAGGGGUGGGUCACCAGGAGAAAAGCAAGUCGGCAGAAAAGCCCGUUGGGAAGAGAGGGCUGGGAGGAGGCCCCGGCCUCAGCCUUACUACGUUUCCCAGAAUUCAGUGAGGCCACGAAGACAGGCUCCCUGGGCGCGGACGGAAGACUCGUCGCAUGGGAUUUGUAGGCAGGAUCCGCGCCCCGCCCGACGGAGGAUUCCAAUGGGGAGGGGUGCAGGGAUUGGCUGGGGAGCGCUCAAGCCCCGCCCACAGGGUGACGUCAGCUGGCGGUCUUGCUACUUAAGGCGUCGUGGCCUCCCCUGCCCCGCCUUAGCUCCCGCGCUAGAGAGAAACAUGUAUCGUUUUCGAUCACAGCUCUUCACGGGGAUUUCUGCUGCCGCCACCACCCACUCUUACCCCCGCCGCUUCUCGCCUCUGUUGUUAGCCGAAGACUCGCCUCUCAGCCGCCCGCCGCACAGACGCACGAGUAAAAAGUGCAGCUCCAUCGGCUGA